CCACAACACUGGACGCCCAAACAGCUGAUUGCACCCACGGAAUUUUUAAAUGUGAUUCUGAGGAAAUUCCACGGGAAAAUGGUUAAAAUAAAGAAAAAGGAGCCCAUGAAAAAGCGUCUCACGCGCAAGGAGCAGCGCAAACAGAAGCAGGAGUUGAAGAAAACCCACAAGCGGCUCUACCAUGCGGGCAAAACAAACGGUACAGAGCGCGUGGCCGCUGCGGAAGCGGCAGCCGCGGCAGCGCUGUCGUCGAAAGGUGGUCGCAAGAAGAAGAAGAGAAAGAAGGCGAAAGUGAAUCCCGAAGAGAUUCCACUGGAACAGCUGCUCUCCGGGGAAGUGGACGGGGAUGAUGACGAGUCGAUUGCCUCGGAUUUCAGCGAUGCCGAAGUGGAUGCCCUGCUGCCCAACAGCCGGAAGGUGGAGACCUACGAGCCGCUGGGAAAGCAGCCAAAGACGCAGCGCGGUGCCAUCCAGCGCCAGGAUGAGAUGGAGGUGCGCAAACGUGAGCUGCGCCAGCAGAAGGAGCUGCAGGGCAAGUCGCGCAAGCAGCGGGUGAAGCAGCUAAAGUUGGACAACGAGGAGGAGGACCUGGAGAUCGCCAAGCUGGAGAAGAAACUGAAGCUGAACAAGAGCAAGGACAAGAAUCGCCUUGUCCGCAAGAUGUUCAACGAUGGCUUGGAUUAUCUGCUGGACUUUUGCCUGGACGAUGAUGAGGAGAAGCAAAAGUGGGAGGAGAAGCAGGAGAGGAAGCGCCAGAUGAAGGAGCAGCAGCAGAAGGAAGAGGCGGGCAUGUGGAGUGACGAGGAUGAAGACGAGGAAAGGGACAUGCCAGAGGGCGACAGUGAAUCCGAAGAGUCAGAGGAGCAUAGCGGCAUGGAGGAUUCAGAGGAGAGCGAAGCGGAUAAAGAGGAUGAGGAUGAGGACGAGCCAGCGUCCAAAUUCAAGGAGGACAUCUAUGGCCGCAAACGCGAUGCCGAUGGAAACAUUCUGGCCGAUCCCAACGAGCAAGAGGCCUCAGCCGGCGGCCAGAAGUACAUACCGCCGCAUCAGCGCGCCCUGAUGGCCGCCGCCAGUGCUGGCAGCAACGAACAGCAGGCCGAAAUUCUGGCACGCCUGCUCAAACAAUGCAAAGGGCUGCUGAAUCGCUUGUCCGAGGCGAAUCUGCACAAGAUUGCCGCUGGCAUUGAGGCGCUCUACAUGAAGAACUCCCGCUACAACAUGAACGAAACGCUCACGAGGCUGCUGCAGGAGGCGCUGCUCGGCACGACACGCACGCAGGAGCGCAUGGUGCAGGAGCAUAUGGUGCUGCUGGCGUAUUUGCACGCCCAAAUUGGCAGCGAGAUUGGCGCACACUUUCUACAGACCUUUGUGGAGCUCUUCGAUGGGCAUGUGAGGGAUCUAGCCAGCCGGCCAGUGGAGGACAAGCAGCUGAACAACAUUGUGCUGCUGCUCUGCUACAUGUACAUCUUCAAGAUCUACGAGCUGAGUCUGCUGAUGGAGCUGAUUGGCCGCCUCGCCGACAAUUUGUGCGAGAAGACGGUCGAGUGCCUGCUGCUGAUCUUCCAGUCGAUUGGCUUUCGCCUGCGCAAGGACGAUCCGUUGGCCUUCAAGACCAUGAUGCAGAAUGUUCAGGCAAAGAUUGCCGCCGCACCGCUCGAACUCAAGGAGAAUCCCCGCCUGCGCUUCAUGGUGGACAUACUGAAUGCCGUGAAGAACAACAACAUGAGCAAGCUGCCCCAAUACGAUCCCGAGCUGGCGGAGAGUCUGCGCAAGCGUCUGAAGGCCAUGCUCAAGAACGAUCGCUAUGUGGUGACGCUCAACAUUACCUUAGAGGAUCUGCUGCGCGCCGACAAGGUGGGCAAGUGGUGGAUUGUGGGCUCCGCUUGGACGGGGAACCUCAACGAAAUGGGCACGGCAGCAGCCAAACAGAAGUCGAACCAGCAGUCGCAGUCCUCUGCGGGCUUUGCCGAUCAACUGCUGGAGCUGGCCAAAAAGCAGCAAAUGAACACGGCCGAGCGGCGCAAUAUCUUUUGCAUCAUCAUGAGUGCCGCCGACUAUGUGGAUGCCUUCGAGAAGAUUCUGCAUCUGUCGCUAAAGGAUCAGCGUGCGGUGGCCUAUGUGAUCAUACAUUGUGCCCUCAACGAACGCCGAGCGAAUCCCUACUACGCGCACUUGGCCCUCAAAUUCUGUCAGUACAAUCGAAAGUAUCAGCUGGCUUUCCAGUUUGCCGCCUGGGAUCGCAUCAACGACAUUGAAUCGCUAUCGAAGCCACAGAUCCGCAAUCUGGCGAGCUUCCUACAGCAACUGAUUCUGUCCGCGGGCCUGCAGUUGUCUGUGCUCAAAGUGGUGGACUUUAUGCAGCUGGAGAGGCUUAGCUUUUACUUUAUGCGCGAGAUCAUGGUGAAGCUGCUACUGUCCAGCGAUGAGCGUGAGCUGCAGCAGGCGUUCGAGCGCAUUGCCAAGAACUCCAAGCUGCAGCAGUUCAAGCAAAGCAUUCGCCUCUUCAUGCAGCACUUUCUGCUGCAAGAGGAGCAGCUGUCGAAGCUCAAGUUGGCGGAGGCGCAACAGGAGCUGCUGCAGCAGCGCGUGGAUCAACUGGACAAGCUCUUGGCCUACGUGGACUUGUAGAAAGAGACUUUUUUUUUAUUAUUAUUAUUAAACUCUAUA